CGACGACGACGCAAUCUUGUGUCCAACGCCUCUGCCUGCCACUGUUUACCCUCUAUUUACUUGGUAUCUUGCAUCCUUGAUUGAGAUCCGAGACCAAGCACACCAAUCUCAGCCAAAUCUCAUUCAUCCGCAUCGGCGUCUUUCCAGCAUCUCGCUCUCGACCCGCUUCACUCGUUAACCCAGCAUAAUUCCCUUCGGCUGCCUUCAACCGCAAUGGAGGGCCGAGGCACCCCCUUCCGCUCAGGGCCCUCAUCGCAAGGCGACAACUAUGGCGAGGAAUGGGCUCACGACCUCCGGGUCCGCUUUGAGGGCCUGUUGCGCGAUAAGCGCAUGAACGACCUCCGGGCUCAACACAUGUCACAGAACCUGCGAGAACGACCUUCGAGCCCCUUUAACGACGCCCCUUCACCUGCUGGCAGCAGUCAGUUUGGCUCAUCCAACUCUUCCGCAACCCCGCCCUCAUAUUCAGCCCUGCGACAUCUCCCCAAGAUCCCAACACCACCUGCCGCCGCCGAUCGCGACUCGCAAAAAUUCCGAAAUCUUCUCCUCAGCUUAUCACUCACACCCACCAAAUACGAGAACCCUGGCUUGUUGGAUGAAGCCCUCCAGACCAUUCCUCUCGACCGCAUUUAUGGCGAGGCUGAGGAAGAGAGCCAGGUUCUGCAGGCCCAGGCAGAGAGUAUGGGCGACGGUCGGAAGCCAGAAUGGGGAUAUCAGGACUGCGUCAUCCGAGCUCUUCUUCGAUGGUAUCGGCGGUCAUUCUUCACAUGGGUAAAUAACCCCCCGUGCCCGGUUUGUCUGUCGCCUACAAUCGCCCAGGGCAUGACAGCGCCAACCCCAGAGGAGAGUGCCUGCGGUGCGCUUCGAGUUGAGCUCUACCGCUGCUCUGCCGAGAGUUGCGGUGCCUACGAACGCUUUCCACGCUUCGGCGAUGUGUGGCGACUACUGCAGACCCGCAGAGGCCGCGUCGGAGAAUGGGCCAACUGCUUCAGCAUGCUCUGCCGCGCGGUAGGUGGUCGUGUCCGGUGGGUUUGGAAUGCCGAGGACCACGUUUGGACUGAAGUUUACUCGGACCACCAAAAGAGGUGGAUUCAUGUGGAUGCCUGCGAGGAAGCCUGGGACAACCCCCGACUCUACACCGAAGGCUGGGGAAAGAAGAUGUCAUAUUGCGUGGCCUUUUCCACCGACGGCGCUACCGACGUGACCCGGCGGUAUGUGCGCAAGAACGAAGCUGCCAAUGAACGCAACCGAUGCCCUGAAGAAGUCAUGCUUUACAUCAUGCAAGAAAUCAAGAACCUCCGACGAGCCAACAUGUCCAAGGAGGAGCGCUUCCGUCUUGAGAAGGAAGACCAGCAAGAGGACCAGGAGCUCCGGAACUACGUCGUGGCAUCCAUUGCCCAAGCCGUUACGGAUCUUGUACCCGGAUCCCCCACUUCUGCCAACAGCCGUGGCGGCAGCGGCGGCGCUGGCCAAGAUACCAAGCUACCAGCCGAGAACCCAUCCCGCCAAGUUGGGUCUGCUGAAUGGCUAGCUGCUCAGCAACGCCAGCAUGACAGACAAUGCCAACCCCGUGAUCCUAGCCACAGACGGCACUUGCCUUGAAAUGCAUGCAUAACGAUGCUGUCUAUGCAUAUCACCUAUUCUCUUUUACCCUCAUUUUUUUGGGUUUCUCAUGCCUAUACUAGCCUUACUACCAGGCCGAUCCAAUCACACACAGCUGGCGGCCUCAACACGCAACACACGAGCGAUUUUGUCACGUCGAUGAUAUCCAACGACUAUUACCAAUGACAGCCAACCAUGUCCUGUCAAUGACAAAUCAAUAUGCAAUUCCUUACCUACUUAUAUUUAUUACAACUAUUCACGGCAGGCGGACGCCACUUGCCCUCUCGUUACCAAACAACAUUAAAUCUUUCUCUUACAUCACCAAACUAUUUCAGCAUAGACUUGGCGUUUUUCUUAUUAGCCGAAAGAAAAAAAAAACUCUUUGCCAUCCUGUUGACCCCCUACUUUGGAGGAGUCGACUUGUAUCUAUCACUUAUACCUGAGUUUCUUAUAUAUCAUUUCCUUUGUUGUUGGGUAGGGAGAGCUUGGGCGUAUUUGGAGGGAGGACCGGGACGAAUUUUUUCACACCAGCGUGAGCCCUUUUUAUUAUUUUUUUCUUUUGGGACUGGGGAGGGGGUAUACCCGAAACCCCCCUUGGGCGUAUCGGCUGUUUUGGGAUAGCAUCUGCUAAGGAGGAGAGGGAACACGGGAUGAAGAGAUGGGAAAAAGUGUAUGGAGGCUUUUUUUGGGCAGUAGACCUACCAGAGGAGUAGAUGUAGCGAAUAGCAUGCGUCAUGUACAGAUGGGAUAUUGCAGAGGAGUGCAUCUGUCUGGCCGUAUAUGCAAUACAAAGAAGCUUAUACCUGGUUUCUUAUCAUAAUAA